AUGAACCGAUUUGUUUUCACCACGCAAUUAAAUUUAAAGAAAAAAAAAGAGGAAAGAGACACGGCAACGGUACACGCAGGGGCAUCAGCUGCGUGGAAAACUCCCGUUCCGCCGCCGCCCCCGCUCCGGAUCCACCCUCACUUAUUAUUACGCCACGCGCACCUCCGCAAGGACAAGGCUCCGCCCGCCGCCACCGCCUCCGCCCCGGCUAUAAAGCUCCGCCCUUUGGCCGGCCCGCCCCUCCUCUCUCCGUCCGGGCCGCGCCUCUCGCCUCCUUCCUUCGUCCUCCGGUUCCAAGUCCACCGUGCUCCCUCUCCUCUCCGCCUGCGGGGCCGCGCCGCUCCCCGGGGGCGUGGGGCGCGGCCAAGUGGCGGGGGCACCGGCGGCGUGCGCCAGCUGCGCGAGCUCGUCCUUGACUCGUGCCUCUCCUCCCCUCGCGUCUGGGGAGGCGAUUCGUCCCCGGUUCUUGCCUCUCCUCGUCUCGCGUCUGGUCCUGUAGGUGAGGACAGUUUCCACUGGCAGGCCACUAUCAUGGGAUCCUUGGACAGCCUGUUUACCGGUGGUCUAUUUUUGGUGAACAUACAUUUCCCACCGGAUUAUCCCUUCAAGCCCCUGAAGGUCUCUUUCCGCACCAAGGUGUUCCACCCAAACAUUAACAGCAACGACAACAUUUGCCUUGACAUUCUCAAGGAACAGUGCCCGGCUUUGACCAUAUCAAAGGUCCUCCUGUCAAUCUGUUCGUUGCUGACGGACCCCAACCCCAAUGAUCCUCUGGUGCCUGAGAUCGCUCACAUUCACAAGACUGAUUGGGCCAAGUAUGAGUCCACAACACGCUCCUUGACACAGAAGUAUGCCAUGGGUGGAUGUAUAGGCAAGCAAUGUCGAGAGAGUUCUUCUCACCUAUAGCUAAAGUCGAAGACGACAAAUCAGGUGAAUUAUUGGAGUUGCUGGACAAUAAAUCAUCGGUCAUCUGAAUCUUCAUUUGUAAAUAUGACUGCUGGUGCUGCUGCUGAUGCUAGCCAUCGGCUUGGAACUGAUGAGAGACAACCGUUGUUGCCAACUUGAAACAUAUCCCAAAAUAAGUGACUCAACUUUGUACUAACUUUGUACUAAAGUUAGUGCAAAGUUAAGUCACUUAUUUUAGGACAGAGGGAGUAUUUUUUAGGUAUGAAUGGCUUACCUCUCCUCCUCUCGCGUCUGGUGAGGCAAUUCGUCCUCGGUUCGUGCCUCUCCUCCUCUCGCGUCUGGUGAGGCAAUUCAUCCCCGAUUCCCUCUCCUCUCACCUCUGACUUUAUAUUGCUCGACCCCGCUUGAUUCAUCCGUUUAGAUUAGAAGAAUCGCGUCUGAUUUGUCAUUUUGCUCGUUCUCGAUUCAUCUGUCUUAAAGUGUGUCUGAUUUGACUGAUUUUGCUCGUCCUAGAUUCGCCCGUUUAAAUAGAAAAAUCAUGUCUAGUUUAAUUUACUCGUCCUCCUCGUCACUAUAGAGUCGCUCGUGAUAUGAUUUUGCUUGUCCUCGUUGUUGCCCUGAUGCUCUCGCGUGUUCUUGGGGCCGUCUCGUCAGGGGUCUCCGUCCCUGCGACUCUGGGAGGAAGCGGGCGAGUGAGCGAGCGGUCGGUCGGUCUGAUUUGCGAACUAAAGCCUGUUUGAGAAACUUCUGUUCCUGCGUUUCGUGUUCACGGUGGAGCGACGGUUCCUGCGUUUACUUGUGCGUGCGCUUCUGUUAUCUGACUAUCCUGCGUUUCGUGUUCGUGUCGGGGCGACGGUAGCAGGAACGAUCGGUUCUGGUUUCCGAAAUUGGAGCAGUGUCAAAUCGUUCCCUCUGUUCCAUCACCUGCUUUGUUCGUUGGUUAUUUUCAUAUCUCAAACGCAUGCGCUUGAUACUCUGGUUGUCCUCUGACAAUUCUUGUUGUAUUGACAGGCGUGUGUGCUCCCAUCCUUGAUGCAGAGAAUCCUUUUCUUGCCUGUUAUGGUUGUUAUGAUGCUGUUCUUUUCAAUUGUUUAUUGUUAUCAUGCUUUGCUUGUGUUCCCAUAUGGCACGAUUGAUUGAUUGUUGUUUGUUGUUUGAUUAAUUGCCUUGAGAUGGAUUGUUGUUUGUUGUUUGAUUGAUUGGCUUGAGAUGGAUUGUUGUUUGUUGUUUGAUUGAUUACCUUGAUAUGGAUUGUUGAUUGUUGUUUGAUUGAUUUCC